AUGUCGUCAAGUUCAAGCGUUCCGCAUCCUCUCUUCGGUGUUCCAAUCACCGAGAAAUUGAUAAGGAAGAAUCACGCGCCAUGGCGCGCACUCGUGCUUGCAGCCGUCCGCGGCGCACGCAUGGAAGGUUACCUCAAUGGCAAGACUCAAGCUCCUGCGCAAGAGAUCGAGGAGAAGAAGGCUGACGGUACAACCAUCAAGGUGCCUAAUCCGACCUAUGCAGAUUGGUUCGCCGAGGAUCAGAAAGUCCUUGGGCUGAUCUUGUCUUCGGUCGGGAAGGAAGUGCAGCCACAGGUCGUCGCUGCAGUGACGGCGGCCGAGGCAUGGGGAGUGAUUGAGAACAUGUUCUCCGCUCAAACCCGUGCCAAAACGAUGAACGUGCGAUUACCACUUGCUACAACAAGGAAAGGUAACCAGACAAUUGCUGAAUACUUUGCCAAGAUGAAAGGCUAUGCAGAUGAGAUGGCAGCUGCGGGGAAGCCAAUGGACGACGAGGACCUGGCGGCCCAUAUCUGUAACGGGCUGGACGCUGAAUUCAAUCCGGUGGUGACAUCUGUUACUGCCCGGACUGAACCGCUCUCAAUUCAUGAGUUGUACUCUCAGCUUCUUAGCUUUGAUACGCGACUCGAGCUUCAAGAUGGAUCGGGCUUCUCUGCAAACGCCGCCAAUAGGGGCGGCCGAUCUGGAUCAGGAGGAUCUGGGUCGGGCGGCUACAACAAUCGCUACUUCAACAACAAUCGCGCCCCUGGGCGCGGUGAUGGAGGCCGUGGCGGCUCGCGUGGGCGCAGUCCCGCGCGUGGUCGCGGACAGCAACGCGGGGGAAGGGCACAGCGCCCCAACCUUGGAGGCGUGGAUGAACGUCCUCUUUGUCAAGUGUGCUUAAAAACAGGGCACACUGCGGUGAAGUGUUGGCAUCGCUUCGACGAGUCCUAUGUCCCUGAAGAACGGCACGUGGCUACGGCGAUGAACUCCUACAACGUCGACACCAACUGGUACACGGACACGGGCGCGACCGACCACGUCACCAGCGAAUUGGAGAAGUUGUCCUUCCGUGAGAGGUAUCACGGGAAUGAUCAGAUCCACACAGCUAGUGGUGCAGGAGCCCGUCUCCGUGCUGAAAUUAAUCUAUUACCAUCAGACCUUGUUCCUUUAUCUAUUCCUGAGGUGGAACCUGUAGCAGACCGUGUGUUUAAUUCCGCUAAUGCUACUCACCAGAAUGGAUCUAGUGCAUGUGAUAACAGGAUCUCAGAUUUGCCUCCUGGUGCGAGACAUGAGAAUGAUGCGGCACGGACUCCUGGGCGAUCUGCUCCGGGAUCGGGGCUCUCCAACUCUACCGGCCCAUCCCACCAACGCGCCAGCGCCACGGAGACGCUGGUUCGCGCUCCGGCACUGCCUGACCCCGCGUGCACGCCGGGUGCCCCACCUGGUGCUGACGCGCGGCCGAAUCAGGGUUCAGGCGAGGGGGAGACAGGAGCUGUGCCUGCGCCUGAUUCUGGAGCUGUGCCUGCGCCUGAUUCUGACGCUGCGGACGAUGCGGCCGAGAGAACAGCGCAUGUGCCUGAUACUGCAGAUGCAGAUCUCCCUGUUGAUGAAUCCUCUGUGCCAGCACCACAUCACCCAGCACCACAUCACCGGACCCGGCUGAGUGCAGGUAUUCGUAAGCCAAAAAUUUAUACUGAUGGAACAGUUAGGUAUGGUUGUUUUACUGCUUCCGGGGAGCCACAAAAUUUAGAUGAAGCACUAAAUAAUAAAGAGUGGAAAUCAGCAAUGGAUGCCGAAUAUGAGGCUUUAAUUAGGAAUCAAACUUGGCAUUUAGUUCCUCCAAGAAAAGGGAUUAAUAUUAUUGACUGCAAAUGGGUUUAUAAGAUAAAGCGAAAAGCGGAUGGGAGUCUGGAUAGGUAUAAGGCUCGUCUAGUUGCAAAAGGUUUUAAACAGAGAUAUGGUGUUGAUUAUGAGGAUACUUUUAGUCCUGCUGACACAUCUUUAUUCUUCUAUCAAAAAGGGCCUGUUACUAUAUUUAUUCUCGUAUAUGUUGAUGAUAUCAUUGUUGCUAGCUCCGCACAGGAGGCUACAACUUGUUUGCUGCAGGACUUGAGGAAGGAAUUUGCUCUCAAGGAUCUUGGAGAGCUGCACUACUUCCUUGGGAUAGAGGUAAAUAAAUUGAGGAAUGGUAUUCUGUUGACCCAGGAAAAAUAUGCUAGAGAUGUAUUGCAUCGUGUGGGCAUGAAGGAUUGUAAACCAGUAAGUACUCCUAUGUCUACAUCAGAAAAAUUGUCAGCACAAGAAGGGACACCUCUUGGACCAAAAGAUGCUACAGCAUACAGGAGUGUAGUAGGUGCAUUACAGUACUUGACUUUGACUCGACCUGAUAUUUCUUUUGCUGUGAACAAAGUUUGUCAGUAUUUACAUGCUCCUACGACACUUCAUUGGGCGGCAGUAAAGAGGAUCUUGAGGUAUUUAAAACACACCAUGAAGAUUGGGCUCCGUAUUAGUAAAACCUCCUCUCUUUUGGUGAGUGCCUUUUCAGAUGCAGAUUGGGCAGGAGAUGUAGAUGAUCGUCGGUCAACUGGAGGAUUUGCAGUAUUUCUGGGGUCUAAUCUGAUAGCAUGGAGUGCAAGAAAACAAGCCACUGUCUCCAGAUCAAGUACAGAAGCUGAAUACAAGGCUGUAGCAAAUGCCACAGCUGAGAUUAUGUGGAUACAAAUUCUGUUAUAUGAAUUGGGAAUACAGGCGCCUAGAGCUGCCAAAUUAUGGUGUGAUAAUAUUGGAGCUAAGUAUCUCUCUGCUAACCCAGUUUUUCAUGCUAGGACAAAACAUAUAGAAGUGGAUUAUCAUUUUGUGCGAGAAAGGGUAGCAAGAAGAUUACUUGACAUUGAGUUUAUAUCUACAAGAGAUCAAGUUGCUGAUGGCUUCACAAAACCAUUGCCGGUAAGACAAUUAGAGAUGUUUAAGAACAAUCUCAACUUGAGAAGUUUAGAUUGA